CGUGGCGAGAACACGAUCCCGCCUUCCAUCUUUCUCCGCUCUCUCCUCCCCCGUCGAAGGCAGCCUGCUGCUUCGAAUCCUAUGGUCCAUGGCGGCGCCGCGGGUGGAGGAUGUGAUCGCCUUCCUCACGGCGCGCGGCUUCUCCGCCGCCGCCGCCGCCCUGCGCGACGACCUCCUCUCGAGCCGCUCCCCCGGCGACGCCGCGGGCGACCUCAACCUCGAUCUCGACCUCGACGUCGGAUCCGCGCUCCCGCCACUAAGGCUUCCGCCGCCGUCCCGUCGUGGAGGGGGCGAGGACGCGCUGCCCAGCGCCGCCUCCAGCUCCUCGGAUGCGUUCCUCAGCCUCGGCUCUUCCCCAUCUGAGCUUCUCAAUCCCUAUGGAGUCUGGUCACCAGGUCGAGCAAGAUCGGAUGACGAGUCAACCGAUAUGCACUCAGAAUUUGGGACUGCCCGAGAGUAUAAUAGCUACUGGUAUGAUGACCAGUAUGGAGGAUCUCGCAAUGAUCAUUUCUUUGUGAGGACCGACUCUGGCAGAUUGCGUAGUGAGGACAAAUUCAUCAUGUCCACAGAGGGGGAGGAGCAGUUGAGGAAGCGAGACAAUCUUGAUUUUUCAGCGAAUGAUCAUAGGUAUGAGCAUGAUGAUGAUGGUUGCGAAGGAUGUGCUGAGAUUUACAGCUCUCCGUUCCCUAUUUGCGAUUGCUGCCGUGGAUCGAAGAUGCAUGACAAUGACGAGGUUGCGGAAAUGAUUAGGAGCUCGAGUUCAGCUGUUUAUGGCCGCUAUCAGAUAUUAGAUGACCAGACGGAGAGGUUGGAUGAAUUUGGGGAGGAUGAGUUUCAAUUGAGAAGGGUAUCUGAGCAGACUGUGACUAUUGUUUCUGCAAGUGAUCUCUUUCAUGACAGAAUCCAACCUGAAGAGAAGGAAAGCCCCGAAUUGGGUUUACCGGAGAAGGAACUGCGGAUGCUUGAUAAUAAUGUAGUUAAUGCUAGUAUCGAUUCCACAAACUGUAAUCUUAUAUGCAAUAAAGAUCCCAAGGGAGAUUCAUACAAUAAAGAAGUAAUUUUUGUCAAUGAGACGGAUGAGGAGGUGCUACAAAAAAGAAAUUACAGUACACCACCAUUUGAAGAGAAAGCUUUCAAACAAGGUGCUAAUGAUGCCUGUGGAUUCAAUGAUUGUGGAACAAUUGAUAGAGAAUUCCAAGACAGUGGAACCGCUGACCUUAAAGGAGAGGAUGAUAUUAACGAUGACGUUCAUCUUUACAGUACUUGUGAGGAUGAGCUGGAAGUUUUCGACUUGAGAAUAAUUCAUCGUAAAAACAGGACCGGCUAUGAGGAAAAUAAAGAUUUUCCAAUUGUUUUGAAGUCAGUUGUGGCAGGCAGAUAUUAUGUCACAGAGUAUCUUGGUUCAGCUGCAUUUAGCAAAGUUGUUCAGGCACAUGAUCUCCACACAGGAAUGGAUGUGUGCCUUAAAAUAAUAAAGAAUGAUAAGGAUUUUUUUGACCAGAGUUUGGAUGAGAUUAAACUCCUCAAGCAUGUUAAUAAACAUGACCCUUCUGAUGAGCACCACUUAUUGCGCCUUUCUGACUACUUCUAUCAUCAGGAACAUCUUUUCAUUGUCACAGAAUUGCUCCGAUCCAACCUGUAUGAAUUUCAGAAAUAUAAUCGUGAAUCUGGCGAUGAAGAGUAUUAUACAUUGCCCAGAAUACAGGCUAUAGCUCGACAAUGUCUGGAGGCAUUGGAGUUCCUGCAUCAUUUAAGGAUAAUUCAUUGUGAUUUGAAACCUGAGAAUAUUCUUAUCAAGAGCUAUAGCAGAUGUGAAAUUAAGGUUAUUGACCUUGGAAGCAGUUGCUUUGAGACAGACAACUUAUUCUUAUAUGUCCAGUCUCGUUCUUAUAGGGCCCCUGAAGUUAUUCUAGGACUCCCCUAUGAUCAAAAGAUUGAUAUAUGGUCUCUUGGUUGCAUCCUGGCUGAGCUUCACACUGGUGAUGUGUUAUUUCCAAAUGACUCGGUGGCCAUGAUACUUGCCCGUAUGAUUGGUAUCCUUGGUCCAAUUGAUGAGGAGAUGCUUGCACUAGGUCAGGAAACAAGCAAGUUCUUCACUGUAAACUAUGAUCUUUAUCACAGAAAUGAGGAAGGAGACCAAGUGGAGUACUUAAUACCAGAAAAGUCCUCACUGUCGCAUCAACUGCAAUCUUCUGAUGCUAAAUUUAUUGAUUUCCUUUCUUAUUUACUCCAAAUAAACCCUAGGAGAAGACCGACAGCAAGUGAAGCACUAGAACAUGAAUGGCUUUCCUUCUCGUACCAGUGAAUCUGCUAAAAGUUUCACUUUGUGCAUGUUAAGUUGGAUAAGGCAAGUCUAUCCAAGCAUAUCAUGCAUCAUUUCGCAAGAUUCCUCAGCCUGAAGUUUCAAAUUAACCUGUUGUUGUGUGUCUGCAAUUCAGCACCCCAGUUUACCACAGUGAGUGAAUAUACAUGUACGGAACAUGUAAAUAUCGGGAAAAUCAUGUGUUAAUGUGUAUAGUCGAUGGCCUUUUGGAUUAUGUGACAUGAAUUUGUGUUCCUCAUACACGGUUCUUUGGAGGCUGGAGAGAAUCCAGCUUAGUUGUUUUCUUUUUCUUCUUAAUUUUUCUAUCUGUAAUUGCUGGGCUUGUCUCUUUCCUGCAUGUCAUAAUGGGUAACUCCCAACUUCUGUAACAGAUAUCUUGAUUACAGUCAAUUACUAACUGGUUUCAGUUCCUUAUCA